AUGGCUUUCCUCAGAAGCGUAGUCCUCGUACAGGCCUUACUUCUGACCAUCGAACGUACAGUAGCAAAGCCCAUUCCCCUCAUUACGAGGCAGACAAUUGAAGACCAGUAUGACUUCGUCAUCUGCGGAGGCGGAACAGCUGGGCUCGUCCUCGCCAACCGACUGACUGAGUCUGGGGGCCAACGAGUCCUUGUCCUGGAGGCUGGGAGCACGAUCGACUGGAACUUUGUCACUGUCCCGCAGAUCGGGCUAGAAGGUCGGCAGCUGCAGUAUCUUCGUGGCAAGGCCGGUGGUGGAUCUAGCUCCACUAACGGAUGGGGCUGGGAGGAUGUGUAUCCCCUCUUUGUCAAGAGCACUCACCUCAAUGAGCCCGAGAAUGCCGAAUAUGCCCAGGCCAACCGGUUUGACCAGACUUUCCAAACCUAUGACGCCGAGGCUUAUGGUGACGGGCCCCUUCAGCUUAGCUACCAAGGCUACGUAACCGAUUCAAAUGUCGGCUUCAUGCGCGCCCUAGAGGCAGUAAACGUUCCGGUCGUGAACGAGCUCAACACUGGAAACGCCACGGGAGUCAAGCAGGGUUUGGGCACACUGGACAACAGGCUGCGCCGGAGUUCUAGCUUCGACAGCUUCUACAGACAGGCCCAAAAUCGAACUAACUUGGAUGUUCUUUUUAACGCUCCUGUGUCGGAACUGGUCUUGGAUACGGAUGGUGACACCCCGACCGCAACUGGUGUCGUCUUUGUGGACCAGAAUACCGGCUUGAUCCACCAAGUCAGUGCGUCCAAGGAAGUCAUCCUGAGCAUGGGUGCUUUUCAUUCUCCUCAGCUGUUGAUGCUCUCGACACCGCUGGUCGUGAACGAGAACGUUGGGCGCAAUCUCAAUGAUCACAGCGUGUUCAGCAUCAUGGCCACUGCACGGCCCGAGUCUUCUACGACAGAAAUGUCCGCGACCGUGGAGAAUCUGCAGGAGGCCCAAACUCAAUUCUUUUCAAACCUUUCCGGACCAUAUACGGCUCCGUCUGGUAUUACGAAUGGCUUUAAGAAAUUUUCGGAAGAAGAGAUCCAAGCGCUUAGUCUGACCGAGAUUGUCACUCGCAACCUCGCGAAUCAGAACCAUAUCGAGUACCUCUACGAGAGCGUGUGGUAUCCUUGGAUCCCAACGCCUUUCUAUGCACCCCAGGACGGUGAAUCUUACAUUUCACUCACCGCCAGCUCGAUGGUGCAACUGUCACGAGGGAAUGUCAGUCUGCGGUCGAGUUCCAUGUCUGACCCGCCAGUCAUCAACCCCAAUUACUAUACCGAAGAGACCGGCACAGACCGGGCCGUCGCCAUCGAGUCAUUCCGAGACCUGCGCCGGAUCCUGGCCCACCCGGAGCUGUCGCAGUACACCGUCGGGCCCAACAACGGCGAGGUGAGCCCGGGCGUCGAGAACGUCUCAGACGACGACGAGGACGCCAUCUUCGAGUACGUCAAGGCCAACACGUUCCCGAACUGGCACGCAUCUGGAACAGUGCAGAUGCUGCCCCUCGAGGACGGGGGCGUGGUUGAUUCGCGCCUGAGGGUCUACGGCGUGGACUCGUUGAGGGUCAUCGACUGCAGUGUCAUGCCGAUUCUGCCGGAUGUUAAUAUUCUUGCGGCUGUGUACAUGGUUGCGGAGAAGGGGGCGGAGCUGAUCAAGGAGGACUGGGCUGCUUGA